CGCGCGCGAGUGGCGCCGCUCAAACCGCUGCACGACCCGAACGCCCCCGGCGCGCUCGUGAUGUGCACGACCGAGGAAGCGACCGCGAUGAACGCCGGUCCCGGGAUCGCGGUCGUCGUGGACCCGUUCGUCGCGAAGAAGCUUCGGCCGCACCAGCGCGAGGGCGUGCGAUGGAUGUGGAGGGUCGUGCACGGGUUCGAGCCCGUCGGGGAUGGGCGGAGACGAGACGCCGAUCCGCACUUGGGGUGCCUCCUCGCGGACGACAUGGGUUUGGGGAAGUCGUUGCAGUCGCUCGCGCUGAUUUACACGAUGCUGCAUCAAGGUCCGCGCGGGACGCCGACGGCGAAACGCGCGCUGCUCGUCUGCCCCGCAUCGCUCGUCGGCGCGUGGGGCGCGGAGUGCGCGAAGUGGCUCGGCGGCGUGAGAGCGCAAACCGCACUCGCGGAGGGCGGCGGAACUGACGCAGCGGACGCGUACGAGAAAUGGGCGAGAGGACCGCCGCCCGGGGGGAAGAGCGCGUUCGAUAGAUGGCCGAUACUGGUGACGUCGUACGAGACGCUGAGGAGGUUCGCGCCCGUCGCGGCGGCGGCGAAGCCGGAUCUCAUGAUUUGCGACGAAGCGCAUCGUUUACGAAACGCGCAACAAGGGAGCCAGACGCUCGCGGCGUUGAGAACGGUGGACGCUCCGCGAAGGGUCUUGCUCACCGGCACGCCCGUGCAGAACGACCUCGACGAAUACGCCGCGGUGAUGGACUUCGCGUGUCCCGGUCUGCUGGGGCACAUGAGCGACUUCCACAGGAAGUUCACCGCGGUCGUGAGACGAGGCGGGGAACCGGACGCGUCCGCGAGUGAAAUCGAGCGCGCGAAAGUCGCGGCGAAGGAACUCAACGCGCUCACGUCGAAGCGCGUUUUACGACGCGAGGCGUCCGUGAACGCCGCUCACUUGCCCGCGAAGACGGAGAUGAUCGUGUUCUGUUCGUUGACGCCCACGCAGCGGGGAUUGUACGAGGAAGGCGCGAAAGUCGUCGGCGAGUGGGUAGGCGGCGAAGGCACCGCGUCCGCGUUGUGCGCGAUCGGGUUGUUGAGGCAGCUCGCGAACUCGGUCGACCAGGCGCUCGACGCCGCGGACGCCGCCGCAGAGACGGACCUUCGCGCGCGCCUACAGAAGAACGUACCUCCCGAAUACGAGGGCGGCAUCGAUGGUUCUGGAAAGCUCGCGACGUUGCGCGCGCUGCUCAGAGAACUCACGAAGAUGGACGGUUCGAGAGACGGGGGCGAACGCGUCGUCGUCGUCUCCGGGUUUUCCGCCGCGCUCGACGCUGCGGCUGUCGUGUGUCGCGAUCUCGGUCUGCCAGCGGACCGGCUCGACGGGCGCGUGCCCCCGAACGCGAGGUCGGGGCUCGUCCGCGACUUCAACAGGGGCAGUGGCGGACGGGUGAUGCUCCUCUCCUGCGUCGCCGGUGGCGCGGGAUUGAACUUAGUAGGCGCGAGUCGGCUCAUCCUGUUCGACACGAGCUGGAACCCGGCGCACGACCGCCAAGCGAUGGCGCGCGUGUGGAGAGACGGACAGACGAGGCCGGUGACGAUCUACCGCUUGCUCGCCGCGGGGACGGUCGAGGAGAAGGUGUUCCAAAGGCAGCUGAUGAAGCACAAGGAGGCU